GCGAUUACAGAGUUAGUACGUCGAGAACCUCGGUCGAGGCCGCUUUAACAAAAUUAACUUCAUCUUUUAAAACUAAAUAGAAAAUGUUAUUGUAAAAUCGUUUCUUAUUAAACUUAACAGUUUAUUUCGACGCCCCAAAUUAAAUUUAAUCAAUCAAAUUUUAAUCAAUUAAGUUUAGUGUCCGGAUUUCAAAUUUGGUUCGCAACAAAACCAACAGACAAAAAAUGCUAAAAUUUUUAUUAACAUCACUAUUUAUUCAUCAAACGCUUUCAAACACAAUACAUAAAAGGGAUGUAGGUGAUUUUGAAUUUUUAAUUCUUCACAACAACGAUAUGCACGCUCGAUUCGAAGAGACGCGCGAAUCAUUAGGAGGUCGAUUAGUGGGGGGAUUUGCUCGAACUUCCUAUUUGAUUCAAGAAGCACGAAAUGCCAGCAACGAAGGAAGAGGUCCGCCGGUUCUUUAUUUAAACGCUGGAGAUACUUACACAGGAACGGUUUGGUUUACUGUACACAAAGAUAAAAUCGCUACCGAUUUUAUGAACGCGUUAAUGCCAGAUGCUAUGUCUUUUGGCAACCACGAAUUUGAUAAUGGAGUAAAAGGAGUAAUCCCUUUCUUAGAAAACAUAAAAUUUCCUUUAAUAGCAUCAAAUCUUGAUUUGUCCAAAGAACCCCAAUUGAAAAAUUUAGUUCAAAAAUCGAUAAUUUUAAAUUUACACGGUCGAAAAAUCGGAAUAAUCGGAUACGUAACUCCGGAAACUCGUUUAAUGUCUUCAGUUGGCAGUAUAGGAUUUAACGACGAGAUUCAAUCGGUUAGAAAAGAAGCGGAACGUCUCACGAAAGAAGGGAUCAACAUCAUCAUAGCUUUAGGACAUUCCGGGUUCAAAAUGGAUAAGAAAAUUGCUAAAGAAGUGAAAGAGGUCGACAUUGUAAUUGGUGGGCAUACAAAUACUUUCCUUUGGAAUGGUGUUGAACCGGAUAAAGAGAAGGCAGAAGAUGCUUACCCGGCGGAAGUGGUUCAAAAAAGUGGCAAAAUAGUUCCUGUUGUACAAGCAUACGCUUACACUAAAUAUUUAGGAAAAUUAUCUGUAAAUUUUGAUCGAAACGGUGUUUUAAAAACAUUUAGGGGACAACCAAUUUUCAUCGACGAAACCGUUCCUCAAGAUCCUCAAGUAUUAAAACUUUUAGACAAAUAUCGUCCUGAUAUAAUCGCAUUAAACACAACUAUGAUUGGAAAAACGAAAGUGUUUUUAGAAGGAGAUACUUGCAGAGAACGUGAAUGUAAUUUUGGAAACCUCGCAAUGGACGCUUUCAUAAAUUACAGAUCAUCGCGUUAUCAAGGACUUUAUUGGACGGAUACUGCCAUAGCCUUAAUGAAUUCGGGUUCAAUCCGUCAAAGCAUUAAUUCAACAUUACGAGAUCAUCAAGUUUAUAAAGCUGACAUUCUCGGAUCGCUUCCCUUCGGCCAAUUACUUUAUUUAAUCGAAUUAAAAGGUGAAGAUUUAUUGAAAUCGUUGGAAAUCGGGGCAAGAUCCAACGGGGAAACUUCGAAGGGUGAAUUUUUAUUAACUUCAGGUUUAAAAGUGGAGUAUAAUUUCAAAAAACCUGUAGGAAAUCGCGUGAUUUCCGUUAAAGUGAGAUGUGCAGCUUGUGAUGUGCCCAGUUAUUCCCCGAUUUCAAAGAACGAAUAUUAUAGGAUUAUAACAACGUUGUUUUUGGUGAAGGGCGGCGAUGGGCACUCUAUAAUUAGGGAUAAACCAAGGAAUUAUAUUCCUUUGGAUGCGGUUGAAGCGGAAGCUGUGAUUGAAUAUUUCCAAACGGUGAAUGUUGUUACUCCAGAAUUAGAUGAAAGGACAAGAAUAGUGAUGGGUUCUUCCAAAGGGGUUAAAUUUGAUUAUAAUCUGUUUGUUGUAGUGAUAGGAUUAGUUUUAAACUGUUUUUGAAGUUGUGAAAUUAAAUUUGAUUUGAUACAAAAAGUAUUAAUUUGUCUCCAAAAAUAAAU